AUGGGAACAACCAAUCACUUGACAGGUGUCGGUGCAGAGUGCUGGACCCAAUGGUUUGAGAUUGAUAAUCCCUCAAGAAAUGGAGACAGGGAAAAUCUUGUCAAACUUCGCCGAAGGUAUCCUGGAAAGAUCUGCCCGGACCCAUUAGAUAUUGAAGCUAGGACACUGUCUGGUCUAACUCCAGAAGAAGCAGGAGACAUAAUUAAAAUAAGUGACACAAACAGAGGAUUCAUCUGCAGAAAGAGAGACCAACCUGACAGAGAGUGUGAGGAUUAUAACGUUCGCUUCAGCUGCCCUCUUCCUUACUGUGGUGACAUAGUGUGUUGGACCAAGUGGUAUGAUAGAGAUGACCCCUCUGUAACCAGUGACUGGGAGAGUCUGGAGAAUCUGCAAAGCGAAAACCCAGGAGAAAUUUGCAAGGAGCCUUUGUAUAUCAAGACUGUUACCACCGACACCUUGAGCCCGGCUAUCUACACAGGGGAGAAAUUCUUUGUGUAAGUUUCCUUUGAAAAUAAACGUUCAAACAGAACAUCCUCCUUCCACCAUUAACAGUAGACAGUAGACUUAUAGGGGAUGCAGCCUUUUUUGUUUG